UUCUCAUUUUGGUAGUCCCUACAACCCGGAAGUUGUUUCAAGUCGCCUAACGUCUGGAGUUGGGCUGCGUUAUCAUGCUUUAAAGAUACGUGACUAAAUGCUCAAUUAAAACAUUAUUUCGAAAUGAACGUUUUAAUGUCACGCAGUGGCGACUCCUCGUGGCUGGUGUGAAUCACGCGACGACGCAGCUCUCCUCAAUUGGCAGGUGAAGCCCCUCCGCUUUUUGCCAUUGUGUAGCCAAGCGGCUAACGCAUUAGCUACGAACGCUUUUCUUUAUGCGGCCGGGAAGCGCACCAGGUGCAGACAUGCCGACUCUCAAGCUGAUUUCUGCGACUGACACGCAGUAUUCAUCCGCGUUGCUGAAUUCGAUGAACGAGCAGCGCAAUUCUGGAUUGUUUUGCGAUGUUACUAUCAUUGUGCAAGACAAGAAGUUCCGCGCCCACAAAAACAUCCUCUCCGCGUCAAGUACAUAUUUCCACCAGCUCUUUAUUGUCACCGGGCAAGUGAUUGAACUCAACUUCCUCCGAGCGGAGAUCUUCGAGUAUAUAAUCAAUUUUAUUUACAGCUCUAAGAUCGUACAAAUUCGUUCGGACAUGCUGGAGGAGCUCAUGAACGCCGGGCACGCGCUCGGGGUGAAGUUCCUUACCAACCUGGCGACACCGCUAUCCCAAGUCCCUGGUUUGUCAAGGGACGAAAGCCCCCGAACACCAUCCGAAAUAAAUAUGCCCAUCAUCUCGGAGUCCUUCUCCAUAUCUGCGGAGGAGUUCAGACAGUCGAGCAACGCGGUGGAUAAAAGCGGGGACUCGGAUGACGAUGUCAUGUUCGUCUCGGAGACAGAUGCCAAAUCACGAGCUGCCAGUCAGGAAGCUUCAGGGGAUGUCAUUUAUGUUGACUCGAUGGAUUCAGGUAAAGAUGAAAAAGCGCAAAGCAAAGAAUCCGAGACCGUAACGUCGAAACAAGCAGCGCCUGUGGCAACGCAAGAAAUAAAGCUUCCUGACAGAAGUCCUCUGCACAGUCCGGACAGCAGCUCCAACAACCUCAAUUCGCCCGCCAGAGUUCCCUCCGGAAGUACUCGCUCCACGCCACCACCGGCCAAGACUGGCAGAUUCAGCCCUGAACUGCCCAGUGCUUCUCAGCCGUCCUCUAACGGCAACGGGAUGGAAAACACCGACAUAUUGGGUGUCCACAAAAAGAAAAUUUCUUCCGCGCAGCAAGGGGAUUUCAAAAUCAGGCUGUUGGACAUCUCAAACAGCCCCCCGGGUCAAAGAAAUGUCACACCCGGGAUAGCAACGAAAAAGACGGUCACGCUCAACGCAGCCACGGAAAUUGACUCCAUUUCCCCAGAUUGUAAAGUUUACGCCAACAUAGGGGAGAACACCUAUGACAUUGUACCGGUUAAGGAAGAUCCAGGCGAAGGUGGCUCCAAAUCCACCAAAGCGAAGAGAGCCAUACCCCAAAUACCUGACAAUCUCAAGCUCUCUCCCAACAAGAAAAAGUCUAAAUCCGAGUCCGAGGACCACUACGAGCUGGUGAUGGACGGCAAGACGUUCUACGUAUGCACCGUGUGCAAGCGUCCUUACGUGUGUCGGACCAGCCUCCGUCGCCACUUCAACACGCACUCGUGGGAAAGGAAGUACCCGUGUCGCUACUGCGACAAAGUCUUCGCCCUGGCCGAGUACAGGACUAAACAUGAAAUCCAGCACACGGGCGAGCGACGCUACCAGUGCCUGAUGUGCCACGGCACUUUCCUCAAUUACCAGCUGCUCUCCAAUCACUGCAAGCAAGUCCAUAACGUGGACCCCAGCGGGAAGAAGGCCAAGGACGGCGAGGACAACAUUUACCGCCUGCUGCCCUGCAAGACGAUGCAGAUGAAGCCAAACUCGUGGAGCACGGACGGGCCGGGGGUGUCGAUCAUCAGCGAGGAUGGCACCAUGCGACACGUGGCUCCCGGUCAGGAGGGCGUGCGUCCGCCCGCCCAGGGCCAGACUUUGAACUGGGACGACAUUUUUGACUUUGAUGAGCAGAUGAUGAUGAACCGGGCCGGGCCGCCCGUGAACAUUGGCGCUCCCGAGGGCAAGUCGGAGUUCAACUUUAACAUUCCGGAGACGUACUGAACCACGCUGGGCCGUGCCAUCACUCGUGCCUUUUUGGAGGCCCCCCCGCUUUGACUUCCACUCCUCUGCGGCGCUUUCUUUUCUCCACAGUGGUCUGGAUGAGUGAAUGUUCACAUGUGAUUGCACCACAUGUUUUAUUCUGCACCCAGAACCCUGUUAACCUGUAUUUUAACAAUGUCUUUUAGUUUCUCCAUACAGUGUUGAGCAAAUUAUUUCCUACAGCAUUGUUUCCCAACAUUUAUUAAGCAAAGACAUGUGUAUUUUACAUUAGAAAAAAGUCACAAAAAGUAUAUACCUAUGUUAAAAAAAAAAAAAGUAUGACCUCAUCACAAUUGACUUAAAAUGUACUUAGUGUGAAAUCUGGGCCAGCAAGUUGAACACAAAGCUGUUUUUCUGGUGUGUGAAUGGAAACAGAAGAAGACAAAUUAAUUGUGCUAUCUCAUGGAAGAGUGCUUAAUUGUUGUGCUUUUCACUGUAUGACUUUGGGAUAGAAUGACGAGAGCACAUUAUUCAUAGUAAAGAAUCAUUUUCUGACCCCUUGACUGAAAUUAGAUCAAGCAUUUAACUACAUUUUUUUUUUUAUAUAUCUUUUAACAAACAGUUAAGUUUGAGCAGACCAAAAAUUCUGCUACAAUCACUCGACAUUCCCACAAUGACAUCGCUCAUCUUUGCACAAGACAGUAUCCUGAUAUGUACGAUGUAUUUUUAUUAUUUUUCAUGGCAAGCCCGCACAUGGGUAUCAUUUGAAGGUAUUUAAAGUUGACUUUGGCAGUUUAAACCUUUUUGUUUCCCGAGCCCACAUGCUUUGUAAGAGUCAAUGCUUAGAUUAUUGAUGAAAAGUUAGCACUUAGUAUUUAAUCAUUGAGGAGGGCUUGUUUUUGUUACUCUUAGUUUGGGUGCUUUCAUUGACUUUUCACUGUGAGUGUAGUGGUUAGUAAACAGGUAGUGCUGGCAGGGAUAUUCUUUGUCAUCUCGACGACAAUGAACAGAUUAACGUGUGUGCGUGCGUGUGUGUGUGUACUUUUGUGUAAUGUCCUUUUUGUAGAAUCAUGCUUGCUUUUCUUGUAUUAAUGGUUGUUGCUGUAUUAAAAAUGUCCCUCUCGUCAUGAUGAUGGAAAUUGGAUGACAAUAAAUUAUUCUUUUACUGUUUUAACUGAA